CAAUACGACAAAUUUCCCCAAAGAAUUCCUCGAGUUGGAGCUUUGAAACGAAAUAAAAAUGCCAGGCUUUGUGCAGAGAUGUGGACAUGACGAUGGAAACAUAUAAAGGGUGUCAAUGGAUUGCUCAGGUUGAUUGGACUGGUGAAGAUAAGACAAUGGCGGAGGUAGAAGAAUAAACGAUGUAUUAUUUAGUAAGGAAAGCCCUCUUUGAUAUAAACUACAGGCUUUGGAGUUUGGGCAGAGUCCAAUUUGAUUCGAGCUCAUAACAGCGAUCAUGGCUAAAAAACAAGAUCGCAUUGGAUGCACGUGAAAGGACGGGUUGUUUCUCUUUGUCCUCAUUUUCGACAGAGGCAUUCCCUCGUCCAUAUAAUUUUUAGUCGUGAUCCAUCCGAUCCCUAGAAUAAAUCUUGCUUUCCUGUCCGCUUCCCUACGAUACAAUUUUUUGGUUUUUAAAUCUGGCUUGGAAGAUUCCGUCCAUUUGGUUCAUAUUAAGAAGAGAGCGGAGUGGAGCAGAUGUUGUGGUGAUAUGAUGCUGGGUUUGAUGGGCUCUUGCAGGUGUGGAGCUGACAAACCCAAGAGAUAUUUGAUAAAUUCAGCGAGAAAUCAAUGAGUGCUUCAGGUUUAAAGUGAGCAACAAUCAAUGAUUAAUUGCAACUGAAGAAAGAAAACUGUCUUCUUGGACUUACAUCAGUGCCUGUUGUGAGCACCAAAGAUCUAUCUAUACUAGUGAAAAAAUGAAGUUCAGAUUUGGGGGUGAAGAGGGCAGAUGGAAUGGAUCCCCACAGAGCCCAUGGGAGGGGUGGUCAUCACCGAGCAGUGGGGAUCCGGCAUCCCCAUUGACAGCCUUCUCAGCAAUGUCGCUAACCUCCAUCCUAUCACCCAAGAGCACAUUGACGCCCCCAUGGCUUCAAGGCCAGCGGGAGCUGGGCUCAGAGGACCGGGGGCUAUGGCUCAUCAAGCUUCUCCUAGCCUGUGCAAACUGUGUCUCAGCAGGUCACAUGGAGAACACCAAUCUGUGCCUGGAGCAGUUAUCAUUGCUGGCCUCUCCCACAGGAGACCCCAUGCAAAGGGUCGCCACGUACUUCAUGGAAGCCCUGGCGGCGCGAAUAACAAAGGCCUGGCCGGGUCUGCACAAGGCUCUCAACUGCACUCACCUCCCACCGCCAGUCGACCGCUUCUCGGUCCGCCAGAUGUUAUUCAAUCUCUGCCCCUUUCUCAAGGUCUCAUACGCGGCAGUGAACCACAGCAUCAUGGAAGCCAUGGAAGGCGAAGAUUUUGUCCACAUAAUCGACCUCAAUGACUGUGAGCCCAUCCAAUGGGCAUGGCUAAUGCAUUCUCUAGCUGCCCGGAAUGGAGGUCCGCCCAAUUUGAGAAUCACCGCCGUGAGUGAACACAGACAGGCAUUGGAUCGGACAGCGCGGGUCCUCGCUGAGGAAGCAGACAAGCUGAACAUUCCUUUCCAAUUCCAUCCAGUUCACUCAACCCUGGAUCAUCUAGAGGCAGAGGAACUCAAAGUUAAGAUUGGGGAAGCCGUGGCGAUUAGCUCUGUUCUGCAGCUUCACACCCUUCUGGCAGAGGAAGAAAACGACCCAACCCGCCCACAGAAACGACCCGGGUGGCCACCGGUUCGAUCGGGUCCUCGUUUCCAAAAUACCACCUUGGAUGAUCUUCUGAAAAGCGAACCCAGAAGCAACCUGCCAUCGCCGUCACAGAUCGAAGAGGCCAUUGUGAGAAAGGCGGCGGCGGCCGCCGCAGCCGCAGGAUCACCUCGGUGCCCUCGAAUCGACCGGUUUCUUGAUAUGCUCCGGGGCCGGUCGCCCAAGAUCAUGGUUGUGGUCGAACAGGACUCCAAUCACAAUGGUGCCCUGUUUAUGGAGCGGUUCGUUGAGGCCAUGCAUUACUAUGGUGCUGUGUUCGAUUCCCUGGCCUCUGAUGGUUCCCAGCAGCGCAGUAUGGAGAGAUUGGCAGUGGAAAAGUAUCUGUUUGGGGAGGAGAUUAAGGACAUUGUGGCUUGUGAGGGAGGGGAGAGGAAGGAGAGGCAUGAGAAAUUGGACAAGUGGUUGAGGAGAAUGGAGGGGGCGGGAUUCGUUCGUGUGCCUGUUAGCUAUGAGACUGUUCUGCAGGCAAAGGGGUUGAUUAAUGAUGCUUAUAGGCUUGGUGGUGACCAUGGGUGUCUCGUUCUUGGCUGGCAGGAAAUGUCCCUCUUCUCUAUUUCAGCAUGGCGCUCCUCUUAAAUUCCUAUAAGGUUUGUCUCUUUGAUAAACUUGGGCCUGCUGUGCUCCUCUAAUACCUACAUUUUUGUAUAUCUGGAUCAGUUUCUGGUCUAAAAUUGUAAUUUGGAUUUUCAAUAACGAAUACCAAUGGAUAGCUUAUACAUUGUAAAAUA